CAGUAUCACCCCCCCCAUAUCUCCCAUCAGUAUCACCCCCCUCAUAUCUCCUGUCUUCAUUCCCAUCAAGUCCAGUUUAGAGGGUAAAAAGCUUUGACACUAUAUUUAUUAUUUAAUGUUCUACAUGUUAUACAAUGUCUAACUUUCACACUGAAUGUGUAAUAUUGUGUUUCUGGGCUGUUUGAUUGAAAUGUUUCUAGCCUCUACCUUCCUGAUUGUCCUGAACAUGUCCUCUCCCUUCCUGAUUGUCCUGAACAUCUCCUCUACCUUCCUGAUUGUCCUGAACAUGUCCUCUCCCUUCCUGAUUGUCCUGAACAUGCUCAUGUCCUCUACCUUCCUGAUUGUCCUGAACAUGUCCUCUACCUUCCUGAUUGUCCUGAACAUGUUCAUGUCCUCUACCUUCCUGAUUGUCCUGAACAUGUCCUCAACCUUCCUGAUUGUCCUGAACAUGUUCAUGUCCUCUAUCUUCCUGAUUGGCCUGAACAUGUUCAUGUCCUCUACCUUCCUGAUUGUCCUGAACAUGUUCAUGUCCUCUACCUUCCUGAUUGUCCUGAACAUCUCCUCUACCUUCCUGAUUGUCCUGAACAUGUCCUCUCCCUUCCUGAUUGUCCUGAACAUGCUCAUGUCCUCUACCUUCCUGAUUGUCCUGAACAUGUCCUCUACCUUCCUGAUUGUCCUGAACAUGUUCAUGUCCUCUACCUUCCUGAUUGUCCUGAACAUCUCCUCUACCUUCCUGAUUGUCCUGAACAUGUCCUCUCCCUUCCUGAUUGUCCUGAACAUGUCCUCAACCUUCCUCAUUGUCCUGAACAUGUUCAUGUCCUCUACCUUCCUGAUUGUCCUGAACAUGUUCAUGUCCUCUACCUUCCUGAUUGUCCUGAACAUGUCCUCUCCCUUCCUGAUUGUCCUGAACAUCUCCUCUACCUUCCUGAUUGUCCUGAACAUCUCCUCUACCUUCCUGAUUGUCCUGAACAUGUCCUCUACCUUCCUGAUUGUCCUGAACAUGUCCUCUACCUUCCUGAUUGUCCUGAACAUGUUCAUGUCCUCUACCUUCCUGAUUGUCCUGAACAUGUCCUAUCUUCCUGAUUGUCCUGAACAUGCUCAUGUCCUCUACCUUCCUGAUUGUCCUGAACAUGCUCAUGUCCUCUACCUUCCUGAUUGUCCUGAACAUGUCCUCUACCUUCCUGAUUGUCCUGAACAUGUUCAUGUCCUCUACCUUCCUGAUUGUCCUGAACAUGCUCAUGUCCUUUAUCUUCCUGAUUGUCCUGAACAUGCUCAUGUCCUUUACCUUCCUGAUUGUCCUGAACAUGCUCAUGUCCUCUACCUUCCUGAUUGUCCUGAACAUGCUCAUGUCCUCUACCUUCCUGAUUGUCCUGAACAUGCUCAUGUCCUUUAUUUUCCUGAUUGUCCUGAACAUGCUCAUGUCCUCUACCUUCCUGAUUGUCCUGAACAUGUUCAUGUUGCUGGUGAAUGCUAUGGGACCAAUAUGUCCAUAUUUAAACACCUGAUAUCUUGUAUUGGUGUUAUUUCUGAAGAGUUUCUCUCUCCGUACAAUAAACACAGCAUGAUUUACCCCAACGGAUACUUUUACAGUCUGUCUGACUAUGUUUGUCUGUCUGUCUCUGACUGGCUAUCUGUCUACAUGCCUGUCUGUCACCCAGCUAUCAGGCAAUCUGCUACCUAGCAACCACACAACCCAAC